GCAGCUCAUUUCGCGUUGCUGUUCGAAAAAGCCCUUUACGCGAGAGAAGUGAGAGCCCAAAAAAAAAAAAAAAAAAGAAAAAAAAAAAAAAAAAAAAAAAAAACGAAAGAGAAGGAGAAGAAAAUCCAUAUAAACAAAAAAAGCCCUUCUUUAUUUCAUUUCUUUUUCAUUCAAAAUCUUCAACUUCCUCGUGCUGUAUCGACGACCCCCAUGAAAGAGCAGGUGUAAAGCUCUAAUUACGACGCCGUUUUGCUCGACGAAGAAAUGUCUCAGAAGCUCGAGCAGCAGCUUAAGGAGGUGGGAUCCAAGCUCGACAACCCUCCGUCCACCAAAGAUGCUCUCGUUAAGCUCUUAAAGCAAGCUGGAGUAUGUCUUUCCGAGUUAGAUCAAUCGCCUUCAGCAUCAAUAUUAGAGGCUAUGCAGCCUCUCCUCAAUGGAAUUGUCAAGCCAGAACUGCUGAAGCAUCAAGAUAGGGAUGUUAAGCUUCUAGUUGCAACGUGUAUUUGCGAGAUAACUCGGAUUACUGCACCUGAAGCUCCUUAUAGUGAUGAUGUUUUGAAGGAUAUAUUUCACUUGAUUGUGGGCACUUUUGGUGGAUUAAGUGAUACCAGCGGUCCAUCAUUUGGUAGGAGAGUUGUCAUUUUGGAGACUCUUGCAAAAUAUAGGUCAUGUGUUGUAAUGUUGGAUCUGGAAUGUGAUGACCUAGUCAAUGAAAUGUUCAGUACAUUUUUUUCUGUUGCCAGUGAUGAUCAUCCAGAAAAUAUACUUUCAUCAAUGCAGACAAUCAUGAUUGUUCUCUUGGAGGAGAGUGAAGACAUCCGAGAGGAUCUUUUAUUUAUUAUAUUGUCCGUGUUAGGUCGCAAUAAAAGUGAUAUUACUAUGGCUGCAAGGAGGCUUGCCAUGAAUGUUAUAGAACAAUGCGCUGGCAAACUUGAAGCUGGCAUCAAACAGUUUCUUGUAUCAUCCAUGUCAGGAGAUAGCAAGUCAAAUUAUCAGAUUGAUUACCAUGAAGUUAUCUAUGAUGUCUAUCGCUGUGCACCCCAGAUCUUGUCUGGAGUUGUUCCAUACCUAACAGGAGAGCUAUUGACCGAUCAGCUAGACACUCGUUUAAAAGCAGUUGGCUUGGUUGGAGACCUAUUUGCUCUGCCAGAAUCUGCUGUCUCUGAUGCCUUUCAGCCCAUCUUUUCAGAGUAUUUGAAGAGAUUAACUGAUAGAGUUGUUACAGUACGAAUGUCUGUCCUUGAACAUGUCAAGAGCUGUCUGCUGUUAAAUCCUUUGAGAUCUGAAGCUCCACAAAUAAUUUCUGCUCUUUGUGACCGGCUGUUGGACUUCGACGAAAAUGUACGAAAACAAGUUGUUACUGUAAUUUGUGAUGUGGCAUGUCAUGAGUUAAACUCCAUUCCACUUGAAACUGUCAAGCUUGUUGCUGAACGCCUUCGAGACAAAUCUUUACUCGUUAAAAAAUAUACGUUGGAGAGACUAGCUGAGAUAUACAGGGUCCAUUGUUUGAAGUGCUCUGAUGCGUCAAGUAACUCUGAUGAAUAUGCAUGGAUUCCUGCAAAGAUUUUGAGAUGUUUUUAUGAUAAAGAUUUCAGAUCGGAUACAAUUGAAUCUGUUCUUAGUGGGUCCCUUUUUCCAACCGACUUUGCAAUUAAAGAUAAAGUUCAACACUGGGUAAGAGUAUUUUCAGGAUUUGACAAAGUUGAGGUGAAGGCUCUUGAGAAGAUACUAGAGCAGAAGCAAAGGUUACAACAAGAGAUGCAGAGGUAUCUGUCCCUUAGGCAGAUGUAUCAGGAUGGUGAUGCUCCCGAGGUCCAAAAAAAAGUUCUCUUUUGCUUCCGUAUUAUGUCACGCUCUUUUGCUGAUCCUGCAAAGGCAGAAGAAAACUUUCAGAUUCUUGAUCAAUUGAAAGAUACUAACAUCUGGAAGAUUUUAACUAACCUUGUUGAUCCAAACACUAGUUUCCAUCAAGCUUGCACUAUUCGGGAUGAUUUGCUAAAGAUUCUUGGUGAGAAACACCGAUUAUAUGACUUUCUUAGCACUCUCUCUGUAAAGAGUUCUUAUCUACUUUUCAACAAGGAGCACGUGAAAGAACUUCUUCUGGAGGCUGAUGCACAGAAAUCAACUGGCAAUACACAAUAUGCUUCAUCUUGCAUGAAUAUAUUGGUGAUUCUUGCCCGCUUCAGUCCAGUGCUACUUAAUGGGACAGAAGAAGAACUUAUCAAAUUUCUUAAAGAUGAUGAUGAAAUUACAAAAGAAGGUGUUUUACAUAUUUUAGCUAAGGCUGGUGGUAUGAUACGCGAAAAAUUAGCAGUGUCAUCGAGUUCCAUAGAUCUUAUAUUGGAGAGGCUAUGUCUUGAAGGCAGUCGAAGACAGGCAAAGUAUGCUGUUCAUGCCCUUGCAGCAAUUACAAAGGAUGAUGGACUGAAGUCACUUUCUGUUCUGUAUAAGAGGCUAGUGGAUUUACUGGAGGAGAAAACACAUUUGCCUGCUGUACUACAAUCCUUGGGUUGUAUAGCUCAGACUGCAAUGCCAGUUUUUGAAACAAGAGAGAGUGAAAUUGAAGAAUUUAUAAUAAACAAGAUCUUAAAAUGCAACAAUAAAGCAGGGGAUGAGAAAAAAGCAUCUUGGGAUCAGAGAAGCGAGCUUUGCUUGUUAAAGAUAUUUGGAAUUAAGACAUUGGUCAAGAGCUACCUGCCUGUUAAGGAUGCUCAUGUUCGUCCUGGUAUUGAUGGUCUUUUGGAAAUACUCAAAAACAUACUUACAUUUGGAGAAAUAUCAGAAGAUAUAGAAUCUAGUUCAGUUGACAAGGCCCAUUUGAAGCUUGCUUCUGCCAAGGCAGUUCUUCGUUUGUCAAAGCAGUGGGAUCAUAAGAUACCUGUUGAUGUUUUCUACUUAACAUUAAGGACAUCAGAGAUUAGUUUCCCUGAAGCUAAGAGACUAUUUCUGAGUAAAGUUCACCAAUACAUAAAGGAUCGGCUUUUGGAUGCAAAAUAUGCUUGUACUUUCUUGUUUAACAUAUUUGGAUCCAAGUCAUCAGAGUUUCAAGAGGAGAAACAGAACCUGGCUGAAAUUAUUCAAAUGUUUCACCAAACGAAGGCACGGCAACUCUCUAUGCAAAGUGAUGCGAAUUCCUUGACAGCUUAUCCUGAAUACAUACUUGCAUACUUGGUUCAUGCUCUUGCUCAUCAUUCAUGUCCAAAUAUAGAUGAAUGCAAGGACGUCAAAGCUUUUGAAGUCCUAUACCGGCAACUGCACUUAAUUCUUUCUAUGCUGGUGCAUAGAGAUGAAGAAGUCAAGUCAGAACCUAGUACUAACGCAUUGAAAGACAGCAUUUUUGCAAUUGUCUCUAUCUUUCAGAGUAUCAAGUGCUCUGAAGAUAUAGUUGAUGCAGCAAAAUCAAAGAAUUCAUAUGCAAUAUGUGACCUUGGAUUGUCAAUAACCAAGCGUAUAGUGUCCAAGGAGGACGAUUCACAAGGGUUGACUGCAUCGGUUCCUCUACCUUCCAUGCUGUACAAACCAUAUGAGAAGAGAGAAGGCGAAGAUUCUAUGGCUGGUGACGGGCAAACUUGGCUGGCUGAUGAGAGUGUAUUGUCACAUUUUGAAUCGCUUAAGCUAGAAACUAGUGAAACGGUAGUUUCAGAACCUAUAGAGGAUGAGAAUCUGAAAGGUGAAAAAGAUGGUAAUGAAGUUCCUCUUGGGAAAAUGAUAAAGCGCUUCAAAUCUCACGGUGCCAAAGCGAAAAAGGUCAAAAAGAACAAGUCAUCCCCAGUUGAAGCAGGGGAUACUGAAAAUGAUGUUGACAUAUUAAAAAUGGUCAGGGAAAUAAAUUUUGAUAACUUGGGAAAGCCUAGUAAGUUUGAAUCGAGCAAUGGGCAUGAGCAUUUUCCAAGUAAGAAAUCAAUGGCAGAUCCAGAGCAUGAAAAAGGUGAAAAGAGAAAAGCAAGUGAUCAAACAUCUGUUCCAGUUCCUAAACGGAGAAGGUCAUUGUCCACUCAUAGUGCUUCCAGAGGACCGAGUAAUACGUCAAAAACUUUGUUAAGAGACACUGGGGAUGGUUUACGUCAAAGAAAAUUGGUUGGGAGCACUGAGAGAGAUUUGUUGGCAUCAUGCUUCCGGAAGAGUACAACAUCGUCUUCAAAACAUAAAGGGAAAGGCUCAAUUCGCAGUCGUGAUGACAAGGAAGAUGAAGUUGGAGAAGCCAGUGAUCAUGAGAAGUCUCUUGGGCUGAUGGAAGACAAGAUUGACACAAAUAGCAAUAUCCAAUUUACCACAGGGUCAACUAAGAAGCGGAAAAGAAAGAGCGUUGCAGGAUUGGCAAAGUCCAAAUUCAAGGAAAGUGGAAAGGAUGUUGAAGACUUGAUUGGCUGCAGAAUAAAAGUUUGGUGGCCUAUGGAUAAGAAAUUUUAUGAAGGCACAGUGAAGUCAUUUGACCUCAUGAAAAGGAAGCAUGUGAUAUUAUAUGAUGAUGGAGAUGUAGAAGUACUACGCUUGGAAAAGGAGCGAUGGGAGCUCAUUGACAAUGGUCGCAAGUCCAUGAAGAAACCGAGUUCAAAAAUUUCACCUUCAAAAGAAGUGCCACCUAGGCAGAAAAAUAAAAAUUCGGAUGGUUCGCGGUGGAAUAAGAAAGCAGUUAAGAUAGUUAAGGGGAAAAGAACACCUAAAAAAGUUUUGAAGCAUGGACAAAAGGAUACAUCAAGAAGCGACCAUCGUGAAACUGGGGAUAGAGGAAGUGCUGAUGUGUUCAAUCUUGAAGGCACUGCGAUGUCUAAAGUUGAUGAGAGGAGCUCAGAUAGUUCUGAAGGAGAGCAUACUGAGAAAAUGGAUGAGAGCAUAACAGAUGGGAUGGACUCAGACAGUGAAGCAAAGUCAGUUUCCAAAAGAAAACGGUCCGAUAAUGCGAAGGGCGGCCCAAGUCAUAUAGAGGAGUCUGAAGAAGAGAAACCUGAUUCAAGAGAGAAGCUUGGUCAAGGUUUGGAGAGCAUUGCUCCGGAUACUCAAAACGGUGCUGAAGAAAAGCAUCAUUCAGAAGAAAAGCAAGCAGAUGAAUUGAGUGAAGACUCAAGAGAACAGGCUAGCAUUGAAGGUAAAUCAGAUUCUGAAGGGAAUCAAGAAACAAAUGAUGUCGGUAAUGCUCCUCUAACAUCAGAGAAACCUCAUAAAGGAGAACCAUCAAAUCCAUCCACAGUUGGGAAUCCUGAAAUUUCUGAUGAUGAGCCUCUUAUGAUGUGGAAGAAUCGAGUAGGGAAAAAAGGCUCAAAGCUUACCCGGUAAGCAUUAUGGCCACAGGAAAAGCAGUCGACUUUCACCGAGCCCUGUAUUGUUGUGGCAGAAUCUUGUAACUUCUGCGUUUGCAUUUUGGCAUGGAGAGAGUUUGAGGAAGAUGAAUGACAUUCAAACCAUGCAAACACAGCCGAUUAACGUACUCAAGUAGAGCAGUUUCCCUGCAGCCCCAUGUCCAUUGUAAAAAUAACGGUAGACGCUCCCACGUUUAGUUAGGCAAACAAUAGCGUAUAACAAUGUGGAGCAUGACUAGUGGUAGAUGAAUAGGUUUGACAUGUGAUUUGGUGGGCUGCAGUGAACCUUUCUUGCCCGCUGCCAUAACUGAUAAUUCCGUCGUCUUUCUUUCGUGUACAGAUUAUACGUGGGGAUGAUAGAUUAAUUAUAUGUUAACGAUUGAAUUCUAGUUGUCCAUCAAAGUGUUAGCUCUGUCUUCUUUGUUUGUUCUAUUGGUUGCGGUAAUUAUGUAUGUUAUUCUUCUUUUGUCUUCUCCCUGACAUGUAAUUACCUCAAUAUAUAACAGGAUUAGUCCUUGACAGUUUGGUUUGA